GUAGCCAGUCUUUACGCGUCACCGGUGCGCGGCGGUCGCGUUUCACUUGUUUUUUUCCACCAGUUUCACAAAUUUUGCCGGCGAAAUGACGCAACAAGGCCCGGCGUUCGACGUGAACGCGAUGACUCUGACGCGGUGGGUGCUGGCUCAGCAGAGGAGUGCCCCCCAAGCCACGGGAGACCUCACGCAGCUGUUGAACUCCAUACAGACCGCAGUCAAGGCCAUACAGUCGGCCGUGAGGAAAGCCGGCAUCGCUAAACUCCAUGGCAUCUCUGGAGACACAAACGUGCAAGGUGAACAGGUGAAGAAAUUGGAUGUGCUGUCCAACGAUCUGUUCAUUAACAUGCUCAAGUCCUCAUUCACAACCUGCCUGCUCGUGUCUGAAGAAAACGACAACGUCAUCGAGGUGGAGACAGAGCGGCGAGGCAAGUACGUAGUAUGCUUCGACCCGCUCGACGGAUCUUCCAACAUCGACUGUCUAGUGUCCGUCGGAUCCAUCUUCGCUAUUUACAAAAAGACAUCAACAACCGAACCCUCCCUAUCCGACGUGCUACGUCCGGGGCGCGAGCUAGUCGCGGCCGGCUACGCUCUCUACGGCUCGGCAACCAUGCUGGUGCUGUCUCUGGGGGUGGGCAAGGGAGUGCACGGGUUUAUGUACGACCCGUCUCUAGGGGAGUUCAUAUUGACCGACCCGAACAUGAGGAUACCGGAGAAGGGGAAGAUCUAUUCGAUUAAUGAGGGUUACGCAGCAGAAUGGUCCACCGGGUUAGCUAGCUACAUCAAUGAGAAGAAGCGUCCUAAGACGGGCAAGGCGUACGGCGCGCGCUACGUCGGCUCUAUGGUCGCCGACGUGCAUCGGACCAUCAAAUAUGGCGGCAUCUUCAUGUACCCGGCUACCACUUCUGCGCCUAAGGGGAAGCUCCGCCUACUCUACGAGUGCAAUCCCAUGGCAUACAUAGUCACGGAAGCGGGUGGUCUGGCCACGAGCGGCGAACAGCCAAUACUCGACCUCAAACCCGAGUCCAUCCACCAAAGAGCCCCGUGCUAUCUCGGCUCAAAGAAGGAUGUCGAGGAACUCCUUGCCUACUUGAAGAAGUAAAUUUGUCUAUGGUU